UACUGUAUGCUGUCCGGUCGAAGGCGUGCCCUAAGUAGACAAAAGGGAGAAGUGAGCCCAGUACUUAGAGAGAGCUGCAUUGUGUGAAGUUGCUUCUUGCCGAUGCCAUUCUAAGCUUGUGUAUUUGUGUGAAUCUCUAGUCUUUCUUUUUUGAUACCUGUGUACUCGUGUGUGUGUGUGUGCAGCCAUGGAACCACGCAGCAGAGACAUCCUGGUCGUCGGCGACCAGAGUGUAGAUCCCACCCCCUUUGUCGUGCAUGUAUUAGUCAAGAAGCCCACGCCGCUGCUGCAGACCUUCCUGCGCGAUGUCCAGCCCGUCCUGCGCCGGGAGAUCGAGGGUCUGCCACAUGCCACGCGCAGCCUGAUCCCUGCCUUUGCCUCGCUGCAUGAACUCGUGGAACAAUAUCAGCGCCAGGGGGUACAUCUUGCCUCGUUGGAUAGUGCUUUGACUUGUUUGGCUCAGUUUACUCAUUUUAUCGGGUUCUGCGAAGAGAACCCCCGUGCAUAUCUCCAGCCCGGGACCCUGGUCAUUGGCACCUGCACUGGUCUGCUGGCUGCGUCGGCCAUUGCCUCGGCGGACUCGCUGGUUGCAUUGGUUCCGCUGGCCGUCGAGACGGUGCGAGUAGCAUUCCGGGUGGGGGCAACAGCAGCGAGAAAGGCAGAGUCCCUGGAAGCGAGUCAGGCGCCGUGGACCAGUCUAGUGACGGGGAUUGACUCGACGACGGUGUCAGCAGCAGUAGAGGAGUUCAACCAGACACAGGGACUUCGAUCGUCGCAUCGUGUCUACGUGAGCAGCGUAGCCACCAACAGCGUCGCAGUCAGCGGCCCUCCAUCCCUCCGCACUCGCUUAUUCGAGGUCUCUUCUGCCCUCCGUGGGACAUAUCACCGCACGCUUCCCAUUCAUGCCCCCUAUCAUGCUCCCCAUCUCUUCACAGAUGAGUCCGACAUCCUCGAUACAGCCUCCUUGAACAUUCUCAAUUGUUACCACCAGAUUCACACCGUCUGCGGCUUCGACGCCUCCAGCACGCGCUCAACUUCAGCCCUGUUCAUCGAGUGCAUCCAUCGCAUCCUACAAGAAUGCAUGGACUGGAACAAGCUGGUGGCCACCAGUCUGAACUUCCUGGCCCCGCUGAAUGCUCCCUCCUAUCGCAUUCUCUCACUGGGACCCACACCACUGGGCAAUGCGCUGGCCUCGGCGCUGAAGCACGAGCAGCCCGCCGGUCUCAAACUGACAUUAGAAGAUCACGCCUCAUGGCUGGCAGCUAACUCGGUACCGGCAUAUCUCAGCAGCAGCCCAGCCGGAUGCAACAUCGCCAUCAUCGGGAUGGCGGGGCGGUUCCCCGAUGCUGCGGAUCAUGAAGCCUUCUGGGAGCUAUUGGCGCAGGGGCUAGAUGUGCAUCGCAAGGUACCCCCGGACCGGUUCGACGUCGAAGCGCACACCGAUCCCAGUGGCAACGGCAAAAACAAAUCCCACACUCCGUACGGCUGCUUCAUCGAGGAGCCGGGCAAGUUCGACCCGCGCUUCUUCAACAUGUCACCGCGUGAGGCCAAACAGACCGACCCGAUGCAGCGACUGGCCAUCACCACCGCCUACGAAGCCAUGGAGUCCGCGGGGUUCGUGCUCAACCGCACCCCGACCACCCACGCCCACCGUGUGGGCACUUUCUACGGCCAGACCAGCGACGACUGGCGCGAGAUCAACGCCGCCGAGAACAUCGACACCUACUUCAUCACCGGUGGUGUGCGCGCGUUCGGCCCGGGCCGCAUGAACUACCACUUCGGCUUCAGCGGCCCCAGUUUCAGUCUCGACACGGCCUGCUCGAGCAGUUUCGCCGCUAUCCAGCUGGCGUGCACCUCGCUGCGGGCCGGGGACUGCGAUACGGUGUUUGCCGGUGGCAUGAACGUGCUGACGAACCCGGACAUCUUCGCGGGGCUGUCGAAGGGCCAGUUCCUGUCGAAGACAGGGUCGUGCAAGACGUACGACAACGAUGCGGACGGCUACUGCCGCGGCGAUGGGGUGGUGACUGUGAUCCUGAAGCGGGUCGAGGACGCACUGCGCGAGAACGACCCCAUCUUGGGGAUCAUUCGGGGCACGGCGACAAACCAUAGCGCCGAGGCCGUCUCGAUCACGCACCCGCACGCGGGCGCCCAGACAUACCUGUUUCAGAAGAUCAUGAGCGACGUCGGUGUCGACCCGCGCGAGGUCGACUACGUCGAGAUGCACGGCACCGGCACCCAGGCCGGCGACGGCAGCGAGAUCCAGUCCGUCACCAACGUGUUCGCGCCCCCGGGACCCCAGCAGCGCGGCCCCCGCCACCAGCCCUUGUAUAUCGGCUCCGCCAAGGCCAACAUUGGCCACGGCGAGGCCGUGUCGGGGGUCUCGGCUCUCGUCAAGGUCCUGCUUAUGUUCCAGAAGAACCUCAUCCCGCCCCACUGCGGCAUCAAGGGCGUCAUCAACCAGGGCUUCCCGGCGGAUCUGCAGGCCCGCGGGGUCCAGAUCGCGUCGCGGCUCACCCCCUUCCCCAGACCGACCAACGGAGGUAGACGGCGCUUGGUCUUUGUGAACAACUUCAGCGCCGCUGGCGGCAACUCAGCCAUGCUGGUCGAAGACGCCCCGGAGCGGCCGCGGGUCGCGGUGAACACGAGCGCGGCAGUUUCAACCGCAGUAGUCGCCGUGUCUGCGAAGUCGCUGGCCUCGUUCGGUAAUAACGCUCGCAGCCUACUCGCGUGGAUUGAGCAGAACCCGGACGUGCAGCUGGCCGACCUGGCGUACACGACUACCGCGCGACGUAAUCAUUACACCUACCGCGUAGCCUUUGCCGUCGACAGCGUGGCCCAGCUACGGCAGAAGCUGCAGACGUACGUGGACAAGAACCCUGCUCCGCGCGCCCUUUCGCUCAGUCGCCCCCCGGCGGUAGCGUUCGUGUUCACCGGCCAAGGGGCGCAAUACGCUGGCAUGGGCCAAGCCCUGUUUGCGGGAUGCAUCCCGUUCCGGAGGCAGCUGCAGCAGCUAGACGAGCUAGCCACGGCGCAGGGCUUUCCCUCGUUUGUGGGUGUUAUCGACGGGAGCUUCGUGGAUCUCGCCGCGCAAUCGCCGGUGGUCACGCAGCUGGCGUCGACGGCGCUGCAGAUGGCGCUGGCGGAUCUCUGGAAGUCGUGGGGGGUCGUCCCCUCGGCGGUGCUUGGCCACUCGCUCGGCGAGUAUGCCGCCCUGUACGUGGCAGGCGUGCUGUCGGCGAUGGACGCGCUGUUUCUGGUGGGCCGGCGCGCGCAUCUGCUCGAGUCGGCGUGUGAGGCGCACAGCCACGGCAUGCUCGCGGUGCAGGGCGCCCUGCGGGCCGCGGAGCUGCUGCGUCUCGUCGACGAUGCCGCCAUCGGCGUGGCGUGCCUCAACUCCAAGACGGAGACGGUCCUCGCUGGCCCCGUCGAGGCGAUCGCCCGCGCGAAGGAGACGUUGGCCGCCGCUCGUCCCGACCUGCGCUGCAUCUUACUCAAGGUUCCCUUCGCCUUCCACUCGGCACAGGUCAAUGCCAUCCUCGACUCACUCGCCCAAGCGGCCGAGUCGAUCGUCUUCCAUCCGCCCCGCAUCCCCAUCCUAUCCCCCGUGUCCGCGAGUGUGAUCGACCACGCGGGCAUUGUGAGCCCGACAUAUCUCACCCGUCACGCGCGCGAGCCCGUCAACUUCGUCGGCGUGCUGGACGCCGCCGUGACGCAGGGGGUGAUCUCGCCGCAGACGGUGUGGUUGGAACUGGGCCCGCACCCCAUCUGCUCGAGGAUGGUGCAAAGCGCGCUGGGCUCAGAGAGCGUGGUGUGCGCGGCGCUGCAGCGCAAGGAGAGCGGAUGGAAGCCGACGGCGACGGCGCUGUUGACGCUCUACCAAUCCGGAGUGCCGUUGGACUGGAACGAGGUGCACGCCGGGCUGGAGCAGACCAAGGGCGUGCAGGUGCUGCGCUUGCCCACGUACAGCUUCGACGAGAAGACGUACUGGUUGGACUACACCAACAACUGGACCCUGACCAAGGGCGAACGCUUGCCUGCAUCGCCCAGCCCGUCCGCGGAACCGGAGCCGCAGAAAUUUUCGACCACCUCCAUCCAGCGCAUCGUCUCGGAGACGGUCCGUCCCGACGGUGGGGUGGAGGUCGUGGCCGAAGCGAACCUCCACGAACCCAAGCUCAAGGCGGUCAUCUCCGGCCAUCGAGUGGGCGGCGCGCCGCUGUGUCCGUCGUCGUUGAACGCGGAUAUGGCUUUCACGAUUGCCAAGUACGCGUUCGAGCUGGGCCAGGGCAAUGACAGCGGGGUGGAGCCGCACAUGAACAUCUGCAGGAUGGAGUCGUCGGCGCCGCUGAUCCUGGACCUGCAGCGCAGCUCGCAGACGCUGACGAUCCGGGGCGUCUUCGACCCCGUGCACCGCCGAUGCGCGGUCUCGUUCCACACAGGCACGCUGCAGCACGCCCAAUGUGAGGUGCAGUUCGAGGAUGCGGCGCAGUGGGCGGCCGAGUUCCACCGGCACGCGUUCCUCGUGCACUCGCGCAUCGACUCGCUGCAGCAGCGCGACCGGCCGGGCGUGCACUCACUCUACCGCGGCAUGGCGUACAAGCUGUUCACCGCGCUGGUAGACUACAGCCCCACCUUCCAAGGGAUGGAGCAGGUGACGCUAGACAGCGCGAAUCUGGAGGCGACGGCGCGCGUGCGGCUGCAGACCACGCCGCAGGACGGGGACUUCCUCGUGAGUCCGUACCACACCGAUAGCGUGGCGCAUAUCUCGGGUUUCGUGAUGAACGCCACCGAUGCCAUUGACUCGGCGGCGCAGAUCUACAUCUCGCAUGGCUGGGAGAGUAUGCGUUUCGUGCGGGGUCUCGAGGUCGGUCGUGAGUACCGCUCGUAUGUCAAGAUGUCGCCUGUCAGCGAGGGCAGUAAGAUGGUCUCGGGGGAUGUGUAUGUCCUGGAGGGACAGGAAAUCAUCGGGGUGGUUGGCGGGUUAAGAUUUCAGUGCGUGCCGCGCAAGUUGAUGCUCACGCUGCUGGGCAUCAAGGGCAGCCCGUCUGGUGGUGGUGCGCAUCAGCUGGGUACUGCGAAGGUGAAUGCUGCUGCUCCGGUAUCUUCGAUUGGAGGCAAAGAAUCCAGCGCUCCGAUCCAACGCCGCGCCAGCCCGCCCAAGCCAGCACCCCAGCUGCCUACCCUGCCACUCCCGUCUGCAUCGAUCCUCUCCCGGGCGCUGGAUAUCAUCGCCGCCGAGGUAGGCUGCGCCGUGUCCGAACUGGGCGACAACAUCCCCUUCGCCGAUCUGGGCGUCGACUCGCUCAUGUCGCUGUCCAUCACCGCGCGGUUCCGCGAAGAGCUGGAGAUCAACCUGGGGAACUCGAUCUUCCAGGAGCUCAGCACGGUGGGGGAGCUGAAAGCGCACCUGGCCGACUCCCCCACCGCACCGUUGACCGACCUCUCCUCCGACAAGGAGUCGUCCACGGAAGGGGAGCUGACCAAAGUGCACACGCCGGAGGAAUCCGACGACGAAGCGGGGGUGCUCGUGCUGAGCGACAUCGAAGACGACGACACCCCCAGUAGAACGGGGAUGAUCAUCCGGGCGACGAUCGCCGAGGAGCUCGGGGUCGAGCUCAGCGAGGUCGGGGACACGGUCGAUCUAUCACAGAUGGGGCUGGAUUCGCUGAUGAGCCUGGCGAUCCUGGGGUCGCUGCGCGAGAAGACGGGGCUGACCUUCUCUCCGGACUUUUUGAUAGAGAACCCGACGGUCGAGGGGAUGCUCAGCGCAUUAGGGCUAUCCCCAUCGUCAGUGCCCAAACCCGCACCAGCACCAGCACCAGCACCAGCACCAACCAGCCUCAAUCCAACACCUCCGAAACCUCUUUCUCUCCCCCCAGCCCCAAUAAUACUGCUCUCUGGCAACCCGAAGACUGCGACGCGCAAGCUCUUCCUCCUCCCCGAUGGCUCCGGCGCCGCCUUCUCGUACGCGACUAUCCCCCCGCUCGACACCGAAACGGCCGUCUACGCGAUGAACAGCCCCUUCAUGCGGGACCCGCACAACUUCACCUUCAGCGUCCCUGAAGUGACGAACCAGUACCUCCAGGCCAUCAAAUCCCGGCAACCCUCGGGUCCCUACCUGCUAGGCGGGUGGUCCGCCGGCGGCGUCAUGGCGUACGAGCUGACGCGCCAGCUGGUCGCGCGCGGUGACGUCGUCGAGAAGCUCGUCCUCAUCGACAGCCCGUACCCCGUCGGCCUCGAGGCCCUGCCCCCCGUGUUCCACGAGUUCUGCAACCGUAUCGGCUUGUUGGGCGAUGGGCAGACGAAAACGCCGGAGUGGCUGCUCCCGCAUUUCCGCGCGACGGUCACCCAGCUCACGGCUUAUUCGGAGGAGUUGGCCGCACAGAUGCCGGUGGAUGUGAAGGGGAUGCCGGCGACGACGGUCAUCUGGGCGAGGGAUGGGGUGGUUCAGAAUCCCGGGGAUCCGGAGCCCAAGUGGGACAAGGGGGUGCGGAUGCCGAAUAGUAUGGCGUGGCUGUGUGGGAAUCGGCUUGAUUUGGGGGAGAAUGGGUGGGAGGCGUUGGUGGGGAGGGGGAAGGUACGGUGUGUGAGUAUGGACGGAAAUCAUUUCACGAUGAUGAGGGAGCCGUUGGCUGCUGAGGUUGGGAAGUUGGUCAAGGAAGCGUUGGAUCUUUAGAGGGUAUAUUUGUGUUGGUUUGUGCGAUGGGAGGAUUGGUCUGCGUUUGUGUGUUGUUUCCUUGUGGCCCAUUGUUUUGUUCCGAAUCUAGUGGCUUUGCUACAGUUGUAUAUGUUAGUUUUGUGCGAUAGAUUAUUUGGCGGCUGCUCUUCAACAGCAGUGACACUUGCCUUGCAUCGCUAGCACAUCAUUUCACACCUAUGUAAUGAUAUUGAGUAGUCUGAG